AUGUUACAUAAGCAGUAAACAUAACAUGUUCUGUUUUAAUCAGUCUACCACUUGCUUUCCAAAGUUUCCAAAUUAACAUCUACGGCUAAUACAUCUCUGUCAAUAAAUUAAUGAUUUAUUGUGUACCAUGCAGAAAGAAGUGAUCAAGAAUUUUAGUGUAAUAAUGCCUUGAAAGAGAACAUUUGUGAGAUACCAGUUUGUAAUAAGUAAAAACCUAGAAGCAGAGAACAAUUACUAUCUCAUUGAUAUCUUCAGAUUUGUGAACUUGAAGAGCAUUCAUUCCUGUUGCAAACUCCCCCACUGUAUUUAAAAAUAUAUCAUUUACCACUGUUAAGGACAUUUAUGGAAUCAUAGGUCUGUCUGCCAGAUCAGGGACAACUUGGAGCUAACAAUAAAGAUAGUAAGGUACUAUCUGUUGAUUAUUCCUCUCCUGUCUAACUUUCAAGAUUCAAUCAGAAGUACACAGAAACCAAUGAGCUAAAUAUAAACUGUAGAGUUUAAUUUGUUAAAAGAAAAAAGUGUCAAUAUUCUCAAGACAUUAUAAAGAAAUGAGCAGCAAAAGAAGGCGGUCUAAGAUGCCUUGUUAACAUUCACUUGCAGGUUUCAGACUGGCAUGUUGAAUUGAAGCAAAUAGACAGUGCUGGAGGUUGCUGAUUCUGCCUAUGUAAUUUGGCUUUUGGUUUCACUUACAGGCGUAUUCAUCCACUUGGAUACUGUUUUGAGAGACAAUGAAGGAAGCUGAGGAAGUGUGGGAGUGAGAGGAGGACAUGUAAGGUUAUAGUGGGAGAGGGAAAAGUAAGAGAUGGUUAGUGAAAGAAGAAACAGAGAGAACGGUACAGUAAGAUAGUGAGAGGAAAGGACAGUGAGAGAAAGGAACAGUGUGGGUGUGGGAAUAGUGAGAGAGGGAGUUAGUGAGAGGGGAUGCAGCAACAGAAAAGAUCAGAGCCAGAGAGGGAAGGACAGUGAUAAAGGGGAACAGUGCGAAAGAGGGACAGUGAAUAGGAGAAACGGUGAGAAAGGGGACAGUGCAAGAGUGGGAUUGUGAGAAGAGACAGUGUGAUAGAGUUACAGUGAACGAAGGGGACAGAGCAAUAGAAAAAGAGAGAACGAGGGAAACAAAGAGAGAGAGAGAGAGAGAACGAGGAAGAGAGAGAGAGAGAGAGAAAAACAGACAGACAGACAGAGAGUAAAAUCCCUAGCAAUAUGGAGAUCAUGAGGAAUUCGGAGGAGGUACCAGACAAUAAUGAUUCAGCAACCAACGAAAUAUCUGACACACCAAAGAAAAUUGCUUCUCAACAAAAAUUGCUUAUAACGGCACUGUUGCUAUCGCGUUAUUUAUCCGCUUCGGUGUUCCCUCUACUAGAAGUUAGCUAUCCAGUUGAGGCUAAACUUCGUGGAAUAAACAAUACUUUAAUGAGCUUGCUGUUUGGUGUUUAUCCAUUCAUGAAUGUAUUGGCUCCACAAAUGGUCAAAAGAAUGGUCUAUCAUUUUGAAUUAAAACGUAUCAUAUAUGUUGCAAUCGGGUUUUCUGCCAUUAACACAAUUUUUUUUGGAUUUCUUGAAUACAUCCCUAAGCAGGGUUCUUAUAAUAUGGUGUUCCUCAUACUAAGUUUCAUUGUGAGAGCUUUCGAAUCUUUGAGUUGUGGUACAAUCAAUACAGCAGUUAUGAUAUUUUAUACCACUGAAUUUCCAGAUGAUUUCAGUUGUUUAUUUGGUUUGUUUAUGGCUGUAACUGGGCUUGGUUACUCAACUAGCCCCCUAUUUGGAGGAAUACUUUAUGAUCUUGGCGGAUUCAAUUUACCUUAUCUGAUAUAUGGUGCACUGCUUGCCAUUUGUUUACCAUGCGAUAUAUAUCUUCUAAGAAGGAGCUCGAAUAAAAAAGAAGAAAGGUCUUCAGUGUCAAGAUUCACUUAUUCUUGGGAGAUCUUCAACAACGUUCUUCUUCUUGUAGUUCUUACACUACCAUACGCAUUUCAAGAAGUUUUCCUUUGGUAUCAUCUUAAAGAUUUUUCUUUUUCUCAGACGGAGAUAGGAGUAAUGUACUUGCUGCUCAGUAUCAGUUAUAGCCUCGCAUCCUUAUUGAACGCUCGGAUAGUGUAUAAAAUAUCAGAUUCGAAAAGUCUGCUCAUUGUGUCAAAUAUUAUACUUGUCAGUGCAUUAUUGCUCUGCGGUCCAUCGCCUUUCUUGGGAAUAGAACACAAAUAUAUUUGGUUGGAUGUCGUUGCUAUUCUGCUAUUUGGGUAUUUCUAUAACCUGUCAUCCGUGAUAAUAUAUCGGUUGAUUUGUAAGUAUGUUUGUGGCGAUAAAACGGAGCAAACUUUACAUGAAUCCAGUACAAUAAGCAGCACUUUCAACACGAGUGUAUAUUUUGGACAACUCACUGGAUUUAUAGUUGCUGGACCUAUUUUAGAUAUAUUUGGCUAUAGAUGGAGUCUUACCCACAUAGCAUUUCUUGUAUUAUUAACUACUUUAAUUUUGACAUAUCAGAUAUUGUCAAAAUAUUUACCAAAGAUUGAAGAUUUUAGAAAACUAUGGAGCAACAAAGACGAAGGAAAACAUCUUCUGAAUUCCAAUACACACCAACUUCAUGACCGUCCCUGAAUGUCAAAGACUUAACAAAUUUUCCAUUAACAUCGUAGUGGAAAUCUACAGCUGCACACGCAAAUUCUUGCUGUUUUUAUUAUUAUUAGUUAAAAGUCUCUUUUCGGUAAUUCUAUCCCUGCUAGGGACUGUACCUCGCCUCUUUUCAGGUAAAUUUUUCCGGAUUUCUUGAGUCCAAAUUCCAUUCUUAUAUCCGUACUAAAACAAUGGACCGUGUUCACCAAGGAACUCACUUGUAUCUCAUCUUUGCCAUACAUAUUCAAAUUGCUGUGGUGGACGCCCCCAGGUGAGAAGUGGGCUGGUCCACGACUAAUAAAUAGUGGGCAGACUUAAUAAGUAGUGUCAGUCAGCGAAGGUACGCGAAUAAUGCCGUACGAGCGGCAAGUUCAUUUGAAAGAGAAGUCAUGUUUUGUUAGUUUUCCUUUUCAAAGAUAUUGUUAAAGUGUUGUUGUUUGAAUUGUUUGCCUUGUUAAAAUGUUGCCUGCUUGGCAGGUGUUGUUUUCGAACUUGUGUUCUUUCCCCCUACGAGGGGAAGAUUGUAAUAUUUCCUAUAAUUGUGAAUUAUGGUCAGUUUUGGUAAAUUUUUGUUGAACUGUGUUCCUUCCCCAGACGGGGAAAGGAUUUGAAUUAUUUAUUGUUGUUUCUCUUACGAGAGAAAACUUUUCUUUU